UAAUAUAUCAGCCAGGAUCCUCUAGAGCUUUUUAACGAGCCAAACACAAGCUGUUCACGAACAACAACGAGCCAUUUUGACAGCCCCGUCACUCAUUAGUCUCACCCUCACAUUAGCCCAACAAAAGCCCACUAACUAGUUGUGAAACUAGGAUGAACCAAAAGUAGGCAACCGCCAACCCUAAAAUUUUAGAUUUCUCUCUAAAUGAUAACAUACUUUACAAAUGUAAAAAUCAAACUUUAAAGAAUUAGAUACUGCAAAUUCAUGGCACCCAUGUUAAUUUCCCCAAGCAAAAAAUAUAUAUAUAUAUAUAUCAGCUAACAGCUUGCCAUUUCCUCAAUGAUGUGAAGCCAUACCAGACUACACACAUUAGCAACCCCAACAAGCAAUCCAUCUACUGCAAGUUAUUACCCAUUUGGUGUUGGGAGCCACUCCAUCACCCACCACCUUCCUCCCCCCUCCCACUCCAUUAAAAGCCUCCCAAUCCUCCCAUCCCAAACAUUCAGAAGGAAGCCACACAAUAAUCCAUGGCCAGCUCCCCCAUCUUCACUAUCCCCUUCUUCCUCCUCCUCCUCCUCAUCCCAACCACCAAAACCCUAGCACAGACCUCCUCCGCUCCUGCGCCGGCAGGCCCAUUGAACAUCACCGCUGUUCUAGAGAAAGCCGGGCAGUACAACACGCUGAUUCGAUUAAUGAAAAGCACACAAAUAGCUGAUCAAAUCAACAACCAGCUGAACAACUCCAACAGCGGAAUCACCAUUUUUGCGCCGACAGACAACGCAUUCACGAACCUCCCCGCCGGGACGCUGAACUCCCUCACGGAUCAACAGAAAGUCUCCCUGAUCCAGUUCCAUGUCGUUCCUUCUCUCAUCACCAUGUCACAGUUUCAGACCGUCAGCAAUCCUCUCAGAACUCAAGCUGGAAACACCGACAAUGGUGAGUUUCCGCUCAAUGUCACGAGUUCAGGGAAUCAGGUCAAUAUUUCUACAGGUGUGGUGAACACUACGGUUUCUAAUGCGCUGUAUACGGAUAGCAAGCUUGCGGUUUACCAGGUUGAUAAGGUUUUGCUACCGCUGGCUAUAUUUGGAUCUGAGGCUCCGGCGGAAGCUCCAGGGCCGGAACCGUCCACGCCGAGGAAGAAGAAGAAGAAGGAGGCGGCUGCGGAUGAACCAACGGCUAGUCCGGCGAAGGAAGAUGCCGGCGCUUCUUCUGGUUUUAGGUUGAGUUGGGGCUGGAGGGGGAAAUGGGCUGGUUUUGUUGUUGUGGGGAGUUUGUUCUGCCUGCAUCUCUGAUUAGUGUGGGAAGAAAUAGAGAAAAAAAGAUGUUUUGAUGUGUUUAUGAGAUUCGUUGUGAGGUGAAGGAUUGUGAGUUUUUUUUUUUUUUUUUUUGUUUUU